AUGGCAAGGACUCACCGGGAAACUUGUAACUUGGAGAACUGCUUACUCGGAAAAGAACAAGUCAGAGCAGGUGGAGUAACAGAAAAUCUAUGGCUAUGGCAAGUUAGAUGCUUGCAUUGGGAUUUGACUGUUAGAUUUGAGAGUCCAGAACAAAGAAUGAAGGAUUCAUUGACCAAAGUCCAAGACUAA